AUGUCCAGUAUUCAAUUACCAGGUAUGAGAUAUGAUCCAUCGUCCAAUGAUGAUGGUCUUUUAUUAGAUCAACAACAACAACAGCAACAAGAUCACACAGCACAUUCCAUGAUGGAAAAAGACGUGAUGCGAUUGCUGCCGCCUACUUGGAAAACGUCAAAGGAUAAUAAUCAUAUUCCUAACAGUAAUGGAGGGGGAACAUUGUCAACCUCGGGAUUUUAUCCCGGGGCGGACUUUGGACAAUCCUUUGAUGGUUUUCGAGUUAGGCCUCAUUUACAAACACCUCCACCACCUACUCAACAACAUAAUCAAAGAGAAGCCAUUUUGACGGAGGUUUUAAAGUCCCGGCCAAUGCGUAAACGUAGACGACCUCCUCAUUCAUAUGCAUCUUUGAUUGCUCAGGCCAUUUUAACAUCUCAAGAUCAAAAAAUGACUUUACGAGAAAUAUAUGAAUGGGUUCAAACAAGAUAUCCUCAUUUGUAUGAAGCGAAUGAAACAGGAUGGCAGAAUACUAUACGACACAAUUUAUCUUUGAAUCGAUGUUUCCGAAAGAUUCCUAGGACACAAGAUAGUGGCAAGAAAGGAACAAAAGGUGGCUAUUGGACAGUGGAUGUCGAUCAACUGAACAAUACAAACUUUGGUCGUCAAAUCUUGGACAGUGGGUUUUUGGGAAGCAUAGAAUAUUGGCAUCAAGAACAAGAACAACAACAACAACAACAAUUACGACAUGUCUUGGCUCCUUCUAACAGCACAUCUUCUGUGAGUCAUCUUUCCACAGCAAGUUCAUCAUCUUCAAGUGCCAGUUUGAAUAGUACCAAUAGUCUUGUCAAUAACAAUAAUAAUCAACAAACCAUGAAUCAAGGACAACAAAGUGUAGAGGAAAUCGAUUUCAAUACCCUAGUACCUUUUUAUUCUACUCAACAACAACAACAACAACAACAAACAAGACAUUAUACCACAGAUAUUUUGGAUACUGAACGAGCAGGUGGAUUUUAUGCGACAGCAUCAGCAACAACAACAACAACAACAACGACAAGUGCUACACCAUCACGUAUGAAACAUUCUUAUGAUAGCAACAAUAACAAUAAUAGUAAUGGAAUAAACGUCAAUCAUGAAUCUAGUAUCACUUCAACAAGCUCCAAAACAAGUUCUAGAAAAUGGAUGGUGUAA